AUGGCUGAAGUGUCUAAUAUUCCUACAAAUGCAGAGCCUACAGAGCAUGAUGUUGGGCAGGUCUUGAAGGCUGAAGAACUUAAGCCUAACAUCAGGACAGCCUUUAAGACCAAGUCAAUUGACCACAACCUUGGGAUGGCUCUCAAGAUUGAAUCAAUCGAGUCCAAAAUUUCAAAAAGCAUCAAGAUCGAGUAA